ACUUCAAACCAUAUUUUCCUUUUGUAGAGGAUCAGAGCAAGGGACCAAGAAAUGAAGAAUCAGAGUCUCUCCUGAAUCCCUGAUGAACAGCUGAAGCGUGAUAUUUGAAGUCUUGAAGAAGUAAUUGAAGUGUAGACUUGAAGGUUUGAAGAAGUAAUUGAAGUGUAGGAUCGUUUUUGAACUCCAUUAAUCCAUUGAUGAACCAUUGAAUAUAGACAGGAAUAGUAGAUUGCGCUUAUGGGUAACGUCUGUUGCCGUUUCGCCACCGACAGGUACUCCCGGAAAAAUAGGAAGAACAGCAACACCGGCCCUUUUAAAUAUGACCAGCCGGACCAGACUACUGCUCAGCCUCAACCUCAAUCUCAAACCCAGAGUUCAAUGUCGACGUCAAUGGUUUCUUUCCCCUACGCAAUCUUUGAUUGCAGCUUGAGGGCCUUGGCCGGACGGGCAGAGGGUUUCGGUCGUUUAUCCAUUGGUGGCCUUAACGGACCCCUCUAUCACGUUACCACUUUAGCAGACGAUGGUCCUGGAUCACUUCGUGAUGGAUGUCGUCGAAAAGAACCACUUUGGAUUGUUUUUGGAGUUUCAGGCACCAUUGAGCUCGCAUCUUACUUGAGUGUAUCAUCGUACAAGACAAUUGAUGGCCGGGGCCAAAGGAUAAAACUCACUGGCAAAGGUUUAAGGCUGAAGGAAUGUGAACAUGUAAUUAUAUGCAAUCUGGAGUUUGAGGGUGGUAGGGGACCUGAUGUUGAUGCCAUUCAAAUAAAACCCAAGUCAAGGCACAUAUGGAUAGACCGUUGCAGCUUGCGGGAUUAUGACGAUGGACUGAUUGAUAUCACACGUGAAAGUACAGAUAUUACUGUUUCAAGAUGUCACUUUUCGCGGCAUGACAAAACUAUGCUUAUUGGUGCAGACCCCAGUAACACUGGAGACAGAUGCAUGCGGGUGACCAUCCACCAUUGCUUUUUUGAUGGAACCCGACAGCGUCAUCCCCGUGUUAGAUUUGCAAAGGUUCAUUUGUACAACAAUUACACCAGAAAUUGGGGCAUAUAUGCUGUUUGUGCCAGCGUAGAGUCACAGAUACACUCACAGUGCAACAUAUAUGAAGCAGGGAAGAAGAAGGUGGCUUUUAAAUAUCUUACAGAGAAGGCAGCAGACUGUGAAGAAGGUUCUUCAGGCUGCAUAAGGUCUGAAGGGGAUCUGUUCCUUAAUGGAGCUCAAGCCAGUCUAUUGACAGAGAUGAAGGGGGAAAGUAUGUUUCAUCCAAGUGAACACUACCCUACCUGGACCAUGGAAGCUCCUUCAGAUGCUCUAAAAGAAGUUCUCCAACUUUGUACAGGAUGGCAAUCCAUUCCAAGGCCACCAGAAGAAGCAGUAGACCGCUAGCAUGCUCAACAUACCACACAUACACCUUAUAUAUGUUACUUUUCUUUAGGUUCUAGUAUAUUCUGAAUAUAUUUGAGUGUAGUUGCAAGUAAGCAUCUUUCUUUUUGACAUUUGAUUACCAAUUCCCAUCUUAAAUGAAAAGUGCUGAUGUUUGGGUUGUUAGCUGAUGAGUUAGUUUGGGUUGGUAGUUUCCUUGUUUGUCUAGGAAGUUGUUUCCUAGUAUAGCUGAGUGCCUAGAGUUGUAUUGUAUUUGUGAUUCCUUCUCCCAAGUCUAAGAAGGAAAGCUGGCUGUAAUCUCUCUACUAUUAAUAGCAUACGCAAGGGACUGCAAGAGUAUCGAUGUUAAUCUCUCAGCAGUCCCUUCUUUCUCA